AUGGACAUUUGGUUUAACCAUCAUGCUAUGAAACAGUGUGCCAAUUCUCUUAUUGCUGUAUUCUCGGGAAUUCAUUUUGGUGCUCGUUCUUUUUGUAACAAGCUAAACCAUGGAAUUGCCCUAAAGGAUAGAAGCCUUAUUAGGUUUGACAGGGAUUUGAUUGCCAUGUUUGCACUACAUGAACUUUUGCAACAGUGUACAAAGAAGAGGUCCCUCUUGGUUGGGAAAGGCUGCCAUGGUUUAGCCAUCCAUUUGGGUUUGGCCACUGAUACUAUCACAUGCAAUAUUCUUAUCAACUUAUACACAAAAUGUGGCAGGAAUGAUUACGCUCGCGAUGUUUUUGACGCAAUGUCUUUCAGAAGCAUAGUCUCAUGGAAUACCAUGAUUGCUGGGUAUACCUGCAAUGGAGAUGGUUUACAGGCUCUGAAGCUUUUUUCAAAGAUGCACAAAGAAGGGACACAGAUCAGUGAAUUUACCCUGUCCAGCACCCUAUGUGCAUGUGCUGCAGAACAUGCUACUAUAGAAUGCAGACAAUUACAUACUUUCGCAAUCAAGCUUGCAUUGGACUCUAAUAGUUUUGUUGGAACUGCAGUUCUUGAUGUUUAUGCAAAGUGUAAUAUGAUUAAUGAUGCUUGUUUGGUUUUUCAGAAGAUUCCUGAGAAAACUGCAGUUACAUGGAGUACAUUGUUUGCAGGACUCGUGCAAAAUGAUCUUCACGAAGACACAUUGCGUCUAUUCCAGAGUUCACAAAGGGAAGGAAUACAAUUGACUGAAUUCACUCUUUCUGCUAUACUCAGUACACGUGCAAGCCUAGCAUUGAUGAUUGAAGGAAUUCAGCUGCAUGCAGUUAUUAUCAAGUAUGGAUUUAAUGGUAAUUUGUUUGUGGCAUCAUCUCUUGUGGAUGUUUAUGCAAGGUGUGGGCAGAUUGAGGAAGCCUAUCUAGUAUUUGCUGAUAUGAAACACAAGAAUGUUUUCCUGUGGAAUGUAAUGAUCGCUAGUUUUACUAGGCAUGGCAAAUCUUGGGAAGCAAUGAUUCUCUUUGAGAAAAUGCAGCAGUCAGGGAUAUCUCCGAAUGAAGUUACUUAUGUCUCAAUGAUGUCCGUGUGUGGUCAUGCCGGUUUAGUUGAAGAGGCCCGAUGCUACUUUGGCCUGCUGAUUUCUGAUCAGACUGUUGAACCUAAUGUCCUUCACUAUUCUUGCAUGGUUGAUGUUUUGGGGCGAUCUGGGAAGACUGGUGAGGCUUGGGAACUGAUACAACAAAUGCCAUUUGAACCAACUCCUUCUAUGUGGGGAUCUUUGCUUGGUUCAUGCCGUAAGUACAGGAAUGUUGGAAUAGCCAGACUAGCAGCUGAACAGCUUUUCAAACUUGAACCAGAAAAUGGUGGGAACCAUGCUUUGCUUUCGGAUGUAUAUGCUGCCAGCGGAAGCUGGGAAAAUGCUGUGUUGGUAAGGAAGUAUUUGAAUGACACUGGUGCAAGGAAAGAUAUGGGCUCAAGUUGGAUCUAG